GCAACCAUGGGCAACCGUGAGCAAACCAGAAACUCACCUGAGGCAUACCAUAUUUCCUUACAGGGAGGGUAACCUUCAUUCACCUACUUUCUACUCUCUGAUGCUGAUGCUAUUAAUGAUCCCACUUGUGAAAACUUAAAUGGACUCUUCCACACCUGCCACUUACGUCUGAACCUGCCUGGGUCCUUACUGAGUUCAGCUGCUCUGCAAGUUAAGAUGGAUAUGCCUGUGGACAAACGCAGGUCACCAAUAAUGUACCCAAGUGGUUUUUCUCCCGGAUCACUUCUAAUGAAACGGUAUAAGGUGCACCGGAAGCUGGACAGCGGAUCUUUCGCAACUACGUACUUGGUGACUGAUGUAAAGGACGCAGAGAAUCAGAAAGUCAUCAAGAGAAUUCCAUUUGGUAACGUGAAGGCCGAUGCCACGCUACCGUCAGCUAGAGAGGCCAAGCUCCUUGGCAGCCUCCGUCAUCCAUUAAUUGUCCAGUUUCUCGGGAGCUUCCUGGAGAAUGACGACUUCUGCAUUGUUACAGAAUACUGCGAGGGUGGAGACCUGCACUGCCACAUCCAAAAGCAGAGAGACAGAGGUUUGGCAUUCACCGAAGGACAUGUCAUGGAAUGGUUCAUCCAACUUCUUCUUGGGGUCAACUAUCUUCACGAGAGAUCAGUUAUGCACCGAGAUCUGAAGACAAAAAACAUUUUCCUCAAGAAUGGGACACUUAAAAUCGGUGACUUUGGUGUUUCUCGCAUCCUUGUAUCUUCCGAUAUGGCGACUACUUUUACAGGAACUGCUUCUUACAUGAGUCCAGAGGUGUUCAGCAACGAGGGAUACAACACGAAGUCUGAUAUCUGGUCCUUGGGCUGUAUUCUGUAUGAAAUGUGUGCUCUCAAGCGUGCUUUUGACUGUCCCAGAUGGAUCAAACUGAUAUCAAUGAUAGUGAAUGAUCCCUGUCCCUCCCUUCCGUCUGAGUAUUCUGCAGAGCUCAAUGAUAUCCUGCAAAGAAUGCUGAUGAAAGACCCAGAUCUCCGACCAGGUGCCAGAGAUGUCUUAAACUAUCCAUAUGUAACAAAUAAAGUAAAGGUUCUCUCGGAGUGGCUGCAAGAAGUGAUACUGCAGGACAGGCAGAACUCCGUGAAUGAGGAUGCUUCUAGGAUUGCAGCUGCCAUGCAAGAAAAGCUGCAUCUAGACAGUUUACGAGCCAUGAGGCUGGUGCAAGAGAUGCCUCCUCGCCAGCGCCGAAGAAUACGUCAGGAAGAGCAUCCAGAGACCAAUAUGAAGAAGUUAAAAAGAGCAGUUGAUCGUGUGUACCAGGAAAACCAGCAGAAAGUAGAACAGCAGAGGAGAGAUGAAGCUAAUGAGGACGGCUGGGAGGAGAAGACUACACAUCUGUCAGAUGGUGAGCAGAAAGGUGUUUGCAGUGAUGAAGUAGAUAGUGAUGAAGACGACUCACUUGCUUGUUCAGUCCUCACAAUUUCUCUCCCUAUGUCAGAACAGCAGAGCAGCACACUGCGUGCAUACCAGAGCUAUCUGCAGAGAUUCCUGGACUCCAGCACUGAGACAGGAGCAGCAGCAGCAGCAGCAGGAAUACAGGACACAUUUCCUCAGGAAUCAGAGGACACAAUUUUGUCUGUCUGCAGCAAGCAGGAAAUUGUACAUCUCAGACAGGACUGCGUGCGGCUUCUGGGGGAAGAUGCAUUCUGGGAGAUUUACAAUUACUUGAGACAAGUCUAUAUGCAGCAGGAUUCAGACACGCUGGUGGUGGAUGAGACAACCCUCUGUGAGCCUCAGGUGAUGAAGAUGUAUCCUCAGCAUUGCUAUAAAGUCCAACAGCUGCUGUUCUUGGAAGAACGGAUGGAAGAGGAGUCGCUGGAUCCUCAUUUUACAUGGAUAUAACGCUAUAAUCCUUUUCAGUUUCUGUGUGGUAAACGACCAAGAAAGAGAAAAGAAAACAGCCAACCAAAUAUCAGUGCGAAGAUGGAUCCUGGACUUAAUGUGGUUCUCUCUCUUUCUCUUUCCUAUCAAUGAUAAAGAUAAGAAGACUUCCAAGUAUUGUCAGUAAUGUUACUCGUUUGUGGCUACUAUAUGGCAUUUCCAGUUACUACCAUCUACCAGUUUUAAGGCAACAUUAAAAAAAUGAGGCAUACAAAGCAUAUCGGAAGCAAGUGAAUUCACAAAGAUGGAGUUGCUAAGCAAUUCACGUCCUAACAUGCUUGGAUCAUGUAUACGAGAGAUGGACAUGGCAGCUGCCCAAUGACUUGAUUACAACGGCUUUAGGAAGGCAAUUGGUAACCUUGGGAAAGGAGGGACUAUUAGGGCGAUACAGGGAUAAAGGCUGUUCAGUAACUUGUUUUCUCAUGGAACAACGGCUAGGGCAGUGCUUCCCAAACGCGGCCCUCAAGGCACCCCAACAGUCCAGAUUUUAGGGAUAUCCCUGCUUGUGCACAAAUGGUAUACUCAAACUGACUGAAGUACUGAUUAAGUCACCUGUGCAUAAGCAUGUAUAUCCUUAAAACCUGGAUUGUUGGGGUGCCUUCAGGACCGCAUUUGCGAACCUCUGGGCUAAGGCGACGUGCUGGUAAAAGACUAAGGGGUCUAUUUACUAAGCC